AUGCCAGUCGAGGUGAAUUUCCACUCCUUGAUCACCCCUGUGGGGAUUGUCCGGUUAUUUGAGAUCUUCCUGUCCUGCACGGCCUUCAGUCUGGUGGCUGAUCCCUCCUACUUCCAAGGAACCUAUGGGGCCUGGUGCAUGUUCACUUGGUGCUUCUGCUUCGUGGUGUCUGUUCUGAUCGUGGUGCUGGAGCUGUUUAGCUUUUCUGAGAAGCUGCCACUGUCCUGGGAUGACUUCACCAGUGCCUUUGCCAUGCUGGCAGCACUCAUGAUCUUCACCUCCUCCAUCAUGUAUCCUUCCACCUUCCUCACCGGCACUUGCUCUGGCAGAAAAUGUGCUUAUCAGGCAGCAGCUACAGCCAUGUCCUGCAUCUGCUUCAUUGCCUAUGCCAUCGAGGUUGGAAUGACCCGAGCCAGGCCUGGAGAUAUCAGCAGCUUCCUCGCCACUGUCCCUGGCCUCUUGAAGGUGUUUGAAGCCUAUGUGGCUUGUCUUAUCUUCUCCUUGGUGAGUGACCCCAAGACAUAUAACAUUGAACCCGGCCAGCAAUGGUGCAUAGCCGUCUACAGCAUCUGCUUCAUUGUCACGCUGCUCAUCAUCAUCCUCACCAUUGGCCGAUGUCUCACCUACAUACCCUUCCCUUUGGAGAAAGUCCUGGUGGGUUACAACGCCUUGGCUGUGCUCCUGUACCUGACGGCUGCCAUCAUCUGGCCCGUCUUCAACUUCAGAGGGAACCCCAGACCCAGUUCAUGUGGCAGUAGUUGCUCAUGGAACAGACUGCUGGGCGUGACCUUCCUCACCUUCUUCAACCUCAUUGCCUACAUCGUUGACCUGGUGUACUCCUCCAAGAUGGUCUUCAUGACCAGGACAGCCUAA